GCUUUUCGCGAUCAAACUACAAACUGAUUCAUCAUCAUGAAAAAUGGUGUACGUAUCUGGAAGUAACGUGUUAGAAAACAGAUCAAUCUGGAGAUUGUCCAUAUUCUCAGAUGUCUUCUGGGGUAUUAUCAACUUCGUAAUUUUAUUCUUCCAUACCAUGUUUUCGCCUGGAUUAACAAAGUAUGGUAACUCAUAUGCAAGUUCAGAAUACCGGCCGGGAGGAGGCCCUCCAAGACCACCAGGUAGAAGAUAUGGAAGAAUUGGAAGGGGAGGAGGUGGUGCACCUUACAACCCUGGACCUCCGAUGGGUGGAUGAGGAAGGUAGAUGCUUGUCACACUAGUGUGCGCUGGUAUUGGCAAGCAGAAAAUGAAGACAGCAGAAGGAUUCUGCACUCAGCUGCAGAUGUGUGACGUCACCCAGGAAAAACUGUCACAGGAACCUGGAUAGUGACUGAUGCUUUCUCGCUGACUUUGCUGUAAUUUUGUAUAAUUAACAGACUGUAGAUAUUAAAGUUACUCUUACUUCUUUCA